GCUCUCCAGGCACCUGUACAUGCUGGAAGCUUUUGAAUAAGGAAGGACGCAGACUUAUUAAGCAAACUCUUGCUGACUUUUGAUUUCUUGUUCCGAAAUGGAGCACUGCCAAAUAUAUACUUUUCGAUUGCUUCUUUGGAUUGGUUUGCUUGCUCGGUUACGAGAAGUCCUAGGCUUUGUCGGCACCACUCACAGUUCAAACGAGUUGUACACGGUUUCGCUUUCACAUCGGGUUCCGUCUAAAAAUGACAGAAGCUGUCUGCAUUCAAAAUUACAGAAUAUUGCCGAUGAAGGCGCUGUCGAACGGAGGGAUCAACUUGCUCGGACAGUGUCGCGUCGGACCCGUCGUGGUUUUUUUCUGACUGCAGCAACAACGACGACGACAUUUUUCUCCUCUACUGUUCUCGCCACUUCUCCCGCUUCAGCCGUGACACCCCCUAGUUAUCUGGUACCAACCCCGCCAUUGACGAAAGACACCUACUGGCCAAUCGGCAAGGUAGCCUUUUCUUUACUACCGUUGGCGGGUACUCGAACGAGAAGGAAAACGUUGCAAGAAACAGUGAUUCCCAACCUUAUGUGGACGCACGAUCAGAUUCAAGGUAUUGUGAACGUCAACGUUCCCGUGCGGCAGAUUGUGGUCAAACUCUCAAAUUCAAGUGGCGGUGGACUGUGGGUGUACAAUCCUGUCGCACCAACCCCAGAGAUGCUCCGGCAUAUGCACUCGCUAGAAGCCCAGCACGGGCCUGUCCGCCAUAUAGUCUUGGGCACAGUGGCACUCGAACACAAGGCUGCUUUUUGCUCCUUUUGUCGACAAUACCCCAACGCUAGCGCCUGGGUUCAACCAGGGCAAUGGAGCUUUCCCCUUAACCUGCCUUUGUCUUUCUAUGGACUGCCCCAAGUAGGAAGCAACCGUCUUCAAGAAUUGCCUACUACCAUCAACCCUUCCGGAAGUAGAAACUCACUGCCUGAAUGGGCCCACGAUUUUGAUUUCGAAACACUGGGACCAUUUCACUUUCAAUCGGUUGGUGCUUUCUCUGAAACGGCAUUCUACCACAAGUCCACACAUUCUCUCCUGGUGACCGAUGUUGUUUGUUCCGUUACCAAGGACGCACCUGCAAUUAUCCAGGAGGAUCCCCGCGCCCUUCUGUUCCACGCGCGAAAUAAUGCUAUGGAACUAGCAACAGACGAUGCGGAAACACGCCAAAGGGGCUGGCGCCGUAUGGUUCAGUUUGGACUAGUAUUUUUCCCUUCGCAAAUUGAAGUCAAAACCGUAUCACAGGCCUUGCGGGAAUCUCAACAAGUUCCAUCCCCAAUGCGGAAUUUGGGAGCCGGUGCUAUUCCUGGCGACACCCUGUAUCCUUGGAGCUGGAAGGACGAUACCGUCGAUGUGCCUAGUUUUGAUGCUAUCUCCCAAGACGGUAAAUUGUUUUGUCCACCUAUUCUCACCAAGCUGAUUCUAGAUCGCGAGCCCGUGGCAACCCUGGCAUGGGUUGAUCGCGUCACGACCCGCUUCGGGGAUAUGCAACGGGUAGUUCCGUGUCACUUG